AUGCAUCAGCAAAUAGCCCUGCCAGAUACCUUGGCACUUUGGCCAUGGCAAUCGCGGCGUCAGAACCCUUUUUAUGAUGAAGUAAGCGAGCAGUCCGCAGCAUGGUUUGCAAACUUCGGGACCCUGGGGCAGAAGGCGCAGCGCAUUUUUGCGACGAAUAAGUUCGGUCUGCUUGCAGGGCUGGCCUAUCCGGAUCUCGAUAAAGAGCGCUUCCGCACGAGCUGCGACCUCAUGAACAUCUUUUCGUCCUCGACGACCUCACCGACGUGGCGACUGCAUCCGAGGGCGCAUGAUGAAUGGGUAGGUGGGGAGAUCGCACGACAGUUUUGGAUCCUCGCCAGAAAGUCAGUGACUCUGUCAUCACAGGAACGAUUUAUCGAGGCCUUCGAUGGCUGGCUGCAGGGGCUCGCCGCGCAAGCAGAGGACCGCGACAAGCCCCGUCUGCGGGAUAUAAAUAGCUACUUCGCCCUUCGCCGGGUCACCGUCGGCCUCAAGCCAUCCUUGAUGAUUUUUGAGUUUGGAAUGGAACUCCCCCGUGAGGUUUUGCAGCACCCAACCAUAGAGAAGCUGUCACUGUUGUGUACCGACCUGAUACUUAUUGAUAAUGACAUGGCGUCCUACAACAAGGAACAGGCAUGUGGAGACGACAAGCACAACAUCGUUGCGAUUGCCAUGGACCAGCUCCACUUGGAUGUCCAGGGCGCGAUGAACUGGGCCGCCGACUACCACGCCGCGACCGUUGAUCUGGACAUUGAAACCUACGUGGACGGGAUGGGAAACUGGGUUCGCGCCAACGUCCAGUGGAGCUUCGAGUCGGAACGAUACUUUGGGAACAAGAGCGGCAGGGUCAUGACGACACGGAGAAUGUCGCUAUUGCCUAGAACGCGGCCCGAGGAUGUUGGGCUCAGUGAAAUAUGCGCCGUCAAGGGAUAA